AUGUCGUUUGGCGGGCAGACGCCCACUAUCAUCGUCCUAAAGGAGGGCACGGACAGCUCUCAGGGCAAGGGUCAGAUUGUUUCCAACAUCAAUGCCUGCUUAGCCGUGCAGGCAACUAUCAAGUCGACGCUCGGCCCUUACGGUGGCGACCUGUUGAUGGUGGAUGCCAACGGCAAGCAAACCAUUACCAACGAUGGCGCAACAGUGAUGAAGCUUCUCGAUAUUGUCCACCCCGCGGCACGGAUCCUGGUUGAUAUUGCAAGAUCACAAGACGCAGAGGUUGGCGAUGGAACAACUUCGGUGGUCGUCCUGGCCGGUGAGAUCCUCAAGGAGAUCAAGGAGCAUGUCGAGCAGGGUGUCAGUUCUCAGAUCAUCAUCAAGGGUCUGAGGCGCGCAUCUGCCGUGGCCGUCAACAAGAUCAAGGAGAUUGCUGUCAGCACAAGCGAGGGAAGCCACAGGGAAACUUUGACCAAACUCGCCGGGACGGCCAUGACCAGCAAGCUGAUCAAGAGGAAUACGGAAUUUUUCACCAAGAUGGUUGUCGAUGCCGUCCUGACACUGGACCAGGAGGACCUCAAUGAGAAGUUAAUAGGCAUCAAGAAAAUCCCCGGCGGUUCGCUCACCGACUCCUUAUUCGUCAACGGUGUCGCCUUCAAAAAGACCUUUUCUUAUGCCGGCUUUGAACAACAGCCAAAGUCGUUCAAGAAGCCAAAGAUCGUCUGCCUCAACGUUGAGCUCGAGCUCAAGGCGGAGAAGGACAACGCCGAGGUCAGGGUCGAGCAGGUGUCGGAAUACCAGGCCAUCGUCGAUGCCGAGUGGCAGAUUAUCUUCAAGAAGCUCGAGGCAAUCUACAAGACCGGCGCAAAGGUUGUGCUUAGCAAGCUGCCCAUUGGUGACCUAGCCACACAGUACUUUGCCGACCGCGACAUAUUCUGCGCCGGCCGCGUGGCAUCCGAGGACAUGGAGCGUGUCGUCCAAGCCACCGGCGCUACUGUCCAGUCGACAUGCUCCGACAUCCUGCCCGAGCACCUCGGCACCUGCGGUUCGUUCGAGGAGCGCCAGAUCGGAGGAGAACGCUUCAACUUCUUCGAGGACUGCCCCGAGGCCAAGACCUGCACGUUGGUGCUGCGUGGAGGAGCCGAGCAGUUCAUCGCCGAAGUUGAGCGCUCCCUGCACGACGCCAUCAUGAUCGUCAAGCGUGCCAUCCGCAACCGGACCGUGGUCGCCGGUGGCGGUGCCGUCGAGAUGGAGGUCUCUGCCCACCUGCACCGCUUCGCCGACCUCAAGAACCAGGCGCACAAGCAACAGGCCAUCAUCAAAUCCUUUGCCAAGGCCCUCGAGAUCAUCCCCCGCCAGCUGUGCGACAAUGCUGGCUUUGACGCCACCGACAUACUCAACAAGCUGCGCGUCGAGCACCGCAAGGGCAACACGUGGGCCGGCGUCGACUUCCAGAACGAGGGCGUCGCCAACCUGAUGGAGCGGUUCGUUUGGGAGCCCGCGCUCAUCAAGAUCAAUGCCAUCCAGGCCGCGACGGAGGCCUGUUGCCUGAUCCUGUCCGUCGACGAGACCAUCCGCAACGAGGAGAGCGCGCCGCCACAAGCGCCUGGUCAGGCCCUGCCGCCGGGCGCAGCACAAAGGGCCCUCAGGGGUAGGGGAAGGGGAAUGCCCCGGCGAUAG